AUGAAAUUGAAUGCGGAAUAUGAAUGGGGAAUUAUCAUCUUUGGUGAAAAUAACAAAGGAAGAAUUACACAUGAAAUGAUGCGGUCCUUUGCGGAUGUAUUUCGUGCGAUUAGUUUCAAGUUGGGAUUGAAUUUAGUACAGUCACCGUUGUUUCUAUUUACCAGAAAUGUGGCCAUGGUACAAAAGGAAGUGGAAGAAUGGUUCGAAGAGUUAGAAAAGGACGAAAAUGAGAUGCUGGUGUUGUUGUUCAAUGAUAGUGACUCAACUGAAGUGGAGGAAAAAAUGCAAGGAACUUGGAGAGAGAAAGUUUUGAUUUAUAUACAAAAGAGCGAUAGUUUGCUUCGUUGUGCACGUGAUAAAACUGAAGAAAUAAUAAUCUGUUGGAUUAAUGAAAUUUGUGGACUUUUAAGUAGAAGAUUUUACGAAACUUCGUCAGCAGUAAAAUUUGAAUCUGAAGGUACAAAGGAAGCAGAAUCAAUCGAAACAAGUGUUACCAAUGCGACUGAAGAGGAAGAAAUGUUACCAAAACAACUGUCAAGUAGUGAAAACGAAGGAGAAUAUAUAAGUGGAGAUUUGCCAUUAUUCGAUUUUACUGAUGUUGCGAAUAUUUUUACGGAUUUGCAAAAAUUGGAAAAACCACCGAAAGACUUGGAUUUGGUAAAAUACAUCGAUAAUCCAAGACUGCAUAAUAGGUUACGUAUUCCGUUCACCGAAAGAGAGCAAAAUGGUCGACUACUUGCCAUUCUUUCAGCUGCUUCAUUUACGGAACUUCCAGAUCUCCAAGUUACAGUGGACAUUGUAUGCAACGAAUUUUUAAAUUUCAUGGAAUUAAUUCCUGAAAAAUGUUGGUCAGCUAUCGAUGAAGGAUCUCAGUUGGCGAUUUUCAGAAUGUUACAGAAGUUAACCAUCGAUACCUCUAAUUCUUUGACAGAUCUACAUGAAGACCAUGAAUUAAAUAUAAUAUACAACGAUAACGAAUGUUUUGAUCAUCAAAUAACGCUUGAUCUCAGUGAUUCCAUCGAGAAUUUUGGACAUAAGAACGAUGAACCAGUACGGAUCAAUAACGACGGUAUAGAACCUCCGGAAGAUUUCCGAACAUUGUCAGUUUACGCUACCAGCAAUGAUAUACUUCAGCCAGUUCAACCUUAUAUUCGAAGAAAUAUCAUCAGAGGGAAUUAUUCAUGUCAAGAACAUUAUCUCGAUGUGCAGUUUCGUCUUAUGCGUGAAGAUUUGGUUGGUCCGUUACGGGAUGGCAUAAAGUUGUGGAGAGAACAAAAGGGAAAAGAAAGUUUUUUGUCGUAUGCAGUGGAUGCAUGUGAAGAACUUGAUAUAUUAAUUGUGAGAGGUGUUACUGUGGAAGGCGCACAGUUAAAACGAAGUACAGGAGAAAUUAUUCGUUACGUCAUUUUCCAGCCAAUGGACACGGAUAGUCUUUGGACUUCGCGACUGAAGUAUGGUCAACUAAUAACCAUGUCAAGCGAUGGGUUUCAAAAUGAAGCCUUACUUGCGACUAUUGUUGAGAAAGAUUCUGAUGAUUUUUCAAAAGGGAAAUUGGGAUUAUGUUUCUUUGAUGAUCAUUCAGUUUCACGAGGCAAAAUUUACACUUUAAUUGAAUCGAGCUCGUAUUAUGAAAUGUAUCAACAUGUUCUGGAACGUAUUAAGCGUUUCGAUGACGAUCACAGGAUUCCAUUUGAACGUUUUUUAUUGAAAGCUGAAACCGACGUUAAACUUCCUUCAUAUCUUGUUCAGCAAAUAGACGAAGAUUCUCACAGCUCCUCGGAUUCUUUGAACAGCGAAUAUACUGAUUACAGUGAUUCUCCCUCAGCCAAAAAAUCUGGGAUUGCUAAAGAAAUAAGCAUUUUUGGAACGAAAUAUACAAUGGAUAAAUUGAAAUAUACACUUGAUGGUGACAAAGUGGCUUGUGGUUUAGACAAUGCCCAACGAAACGCAUUAUGCUACGCUCUUAUGCAUGAACUUGCCUUGAUUCAGGGACCUCCGGGUACAGGAAAAACUUUCCUUGGCCGUCUUAUUGUACGCAUUUUGCUGGAAAAUAUGAAUAUGUGGAAUCCAGAAAGAAUAAACCCAAUGUUGGUCGUAUGCUUUACCAAUCAUGCUCUGGAUCAAUUUUUGGAUGGUAUUUUAGUAGAUUUAAAAGAAGAUGGACGUUAUAACAAUGAGUUUCCUAGUAUUGUUAGAUUUGGUUCACGCUGUAAAAGUGAAACUUUGCAAAGGUACACAAAGCGACCCGUGCUGGAAGAAUACGCUAACCUAAUUUCGGAUAGAGAAAAACAUAAGAUGGAUGAAAUAUUCUGUAGAUGGCUUCUGGAAGGUGAUGCUGGUAGAGAAGAUUGUGUCAGCGUGGAAGGCGAUACAAAUGAAAAAAUCAUUGAAUGUGAGGAGAAGAAAUUUUCUGAAAGUGAAAGUCCAGAAUUGUCAGCUUUAUGGUCCAUGGAUGAAAUAUUUGUCAAAGAAAAGAAAAACGAGCAGAGGGAAAAAAUGCUUGAGACUAAUCCUGAUAUAGACGACUAUUACCACACUGGUGAGUGGGAUCUUAAUAAAGAUGCAACCGCUGUCGAAAAUGUGACAAUAUUCUCAGACCACGGCAAAUCAAAGCAGCGCACAAAGGCAAAAUGCAAUGCCGAACUUAUUGCAAGGUUAGAGGAUGUAAAGGACGAUAUAUUAAAAAGUUCACCGCUAACGUUAGAAGAAGCUUCGUCAAUUAAAAACCUGCAAACUUUACAUAGGCACCGACGUUGGGCUCUAUAUAUGCAUUGGAUUAGUAAACUGAAGAUUAUCGGCGCAACUACAACUUGCGCUGCAAAAAUAAAGCCGUUUUUGGAUCGCCUUGGUUGUCCUAUUGUAAUAGUAGAAGAAGCAGCUGAAGUUUUGGAGGCUCAUGUUUUGACAAGCAUUACAGAUAAAUGCCAGCAUGCUAUCCUGAUUGGGGAUCACCAGCAGCUACGUCCAAAUACUGCUGUAUUUGCUCUUGCUCGCGAGUAUAAUUUGGAUAUAUCUUUGUUUGAAAGGUUGAUCAAAAAUAAUUUUCCGUACGCAACACUGGAAAAGCAACAUCGUAUGGCUACUGCUAUAUCAAAUACUAUUAUGCCAGAAUUUUAUCCGUUAAUGAAAGAUGCGGACAAUGUUUUGAGCUAUCCAAAUGUUGAAGGAUGUCGGAAAAAUUUAUACUUUAUUAAUCAAUGUCAUGAGGAAGAUGUAUUCUUCUCAACUUCGCAUAAAAAUUUAUUUGAAGCAGAUUUUAUGGUCAAUCUAUCUGCUUAUUUUGUUCAGCAGGGCUAUGCUUGCUCACAGAUCACCUUAUUAUGUGCCUACACAGCUCAGGCAAACUGCGUCAGAACAAAAGUAAUGUUAAAAUUCAACAGUGCAAACUUUCCUUUGGUUGAAACUAUUGAUAAUUAUCAAGGCAGAGAGAAUGAUAUAAUCAUUCUGUCGCUUGUACGUUCACAACCGAGUGAUGGUGUCGGUUUUCUUAGGGUCCAUAAUCGCGUAUGUGUGGCUUUGUCACGCUCCAAAUUUGGUCUUUACAUGAUAGGAAAUAUGCAUUUCCUUAAAUCCAACUCACAGCUCUGGAAUCGGCUCUGUACUGCUUUGACAGAUGCUCAUUGUAUUGGCGAUGGCUUUCCGGCAUUUUGUGCAAAGCAUAAUGUUACUCAGAUGAUCUACAACGCGGAUGAAUUUCUGACAAAAACUCCUGAAGGCGGUUGCUAUCGUUCUUGUGAUUUUGUACAACCUUGUGGUCAUAUCUGUGGUCAACUUUGUCAUCGGUAUAAUCACUUUUAA